AGUCCUACUUAACUUUCUUUAGAAACAGAAAUGAGGGCAAGAAUGGCAUUGAGUGCAACAUAACAUUCAGUUAUGAUCUAAUCAUAGUUUAAAGAAACUUCAGCUCAACUAAAACAAUUAAUGGGAUGUACAAAUAGUCCUAGAGUAUAUGAGACAGUGAUGUGCUUGCUUCACAGUUCUUCUGUCUCAAGGCUAGCUGGUGAGAUGUUGUAUCUGUUGUGGUUGCUGGUGCUGUGUUUUGCUGUCAGGGGGCAGGAGGUCAAUCACUGGACACACAGUGAUUUAGGAAAUGACACUGUAGUGGAACAGGAUGAGAGAUUCUCUUCAAUUUUUGAUGUGACCCUCUUCAAGAACAUUCAGUGCACUGGAAUCCUGGAGCAGCAAGGGACAUGCUAUUCAAGGGCAGAGUGUUCCUUAGUUAAAGGAAUAGCUUCUGGGAGCUGUGCCCGAAACUGGGGUGUCUGCUGUGUCAUUCAUAAGUCAUGUGGCUCGUCCACAAAAUUCAAUGGCACUUAUUUCAACAACCCUGGCUUCCCUGGGUUAUAUAAGGAUGGGGACUCUACACUUUGCACCAUAACUGUCCAUAAGAAUAAUCCUAAUAUUUGCCAGUUACGUGUUGAUUUGUUUGAGUUAACCCUUACUCAACCAAAUGCUGAAGGAGCGUGUAAUGUAGAGCACCUUGAUAUAACAGGUGGUGCUUCUUCGGUGCCUGUCAUCUGCGGUGACAACAGUAACCAACAUGUAUAUGUGGACUUCCAAGAAGAUAAUGCCCCAAUUCAAAUCAGUAUUAGAUCCACCUCAGCAGCAACUACCAGUCACAAGUGGAAUAUCGGGCUUACCCAAAUAGAAUGUUCAAGUUCUGAGCGAGCUCCAGCAGGUGCUCUGAUGUACUACAGAGAAUUGCAAGGCACUGUGAAGAGUUUCAACUAUGGUACAAGUAUUGAUAUGGACAGGACACGACAGAUUAUCAACACAAAUUAUGGAGUGUUUGUUCGAGCAGCAAGUGGGUACUGCAGCAUAGAGUGGACACAAACUUCGGGUGAUCUAUACUCCUUCACUAUGACGCGAGGUACAGAUGCAAUUCUUCCAUCUGAUCUUGGAACUGCCGCAGUAGCUGAAAGUGGUAUAGACUGUACCACUGAUUUUAUUGUAAUACCAAAUCCAUUCCAAAAUGCAAUGAGCCUAAACACCGACAGAUUUUGUGGCAAUGCACUGUUGCCAACCACAAUCUUCCCAUUCUUCAGUUUAAUCCGCUUCAAGAAUGUACAGUGCACUGGAACCAAUGGGCAGUAUGGGACAUGCUUCUCAAGGAAGGAAUGCUCUAAUGCAGGUGGUGUAGCAUCUGGGAGCUGUGCUCGGAACUGGGGCACUUGCUGCAUCAUUCAGAAGUCGUGUGGUUCAUCUACCCACCUCAACUGCACAUAUUUCACCAAUCCUGGCUUCCCCAGUGUGUACACUGGCAGUGGACGCUGCAGUAUUGCUGUCUACAAGUGUAACUCUAACAUUUGCCAGUUACGUGUUGACUUACUUGACUUCACUGUUUCUGAGCCAGAUGCCACUGGAGUCUGUACUAAUGAUUACCUUGAAAUAGCAGGUGGCGCUUCCUUUGUACCUCGUAUCUGCGGUGAAAACACCAAUGAACAUGUAUAUGUGGAUUUCCCUGCAGACAACACACCAAUUCAAGUCAGCAUCAGAACUGACCCAUCAGUAUCUGUUAAUCGCAACUGGAAUAUUAAGCUCACCCAAAUAGAGUGCACCAAUCCUGAGCGAGCCCCAACUGGUUGUCUGAUGUAUUAUACAGCACUGGAAGGCACUGUGAAGAGUUUUAACUACAGUCCAUCUGGUAGGGGUACUGACAUGUAUGGGACACGACAGAUUGCCAACACAAACUACGGAGUAUGUGUUCAGAUGGCACCAGGGUACUGCAGCAUACGAUGGCAACAAAAUCCAAGCGACCCAUACUCAUUCACUGUGUCAGGAGACACAGACGGAAUUGAUCCCAGUCUACUUGGAACUGCCGCAGUAGCUGAAAGUGGUAUAGACUGUACCACUGAUUUUAUUGUAAUACCAAAUCCAUCCCAAAAUUCGAUGAGCCUAGAUACCGAUAGGUUUUGUGGCAAUGCACUGGUGCCAACUACAACUUCUUCCAAGCCGUUUGUGUUGACCGUCGUAACAGACGAUACUGAACUGACUAGUGGAGAUGUUGCAAACAGAGGCUUCUGUCUCAUGUAUCAACAGUUACCUUGCAUGUGAACAGUGGUUCCUGGCUUAACAGUUACAAGUUCUGUAAGUUUCUGACUGGUUUACUGGCAAUUUGAAGAGAAUUCAUUAAGACUCGCACAUUAUUAUCUAGGGUUUUGUAUGUUUGUGUGUGACUUACAUUUAGCAGCAAGCAGAUUGAGGGCAUUUGAGAACUGGGUGGUGAAGAGAAGAGAGGAAUUAAAAGGAAGCUGGAAAUUAGAAGCUUCAUAAUGUGCACUUUUCACCAAAUAUUAUCAAUGUGAUCAAAUCAAGGUGGAUCAGAUAGGAGGAGCAUGGGGAAACGGUGAAGGUAUCUUAACAUGAUUUUUCAAAGAAGCAAAUAUUAAAUACUUCCUUUAGUCUGCAUAGACCCAGUCUACGCGUAGAGAUUAGAACUACAUCUCUCAAGAAAUCCAAGGUGGUCAUCGAGUUUCAAGUUAAUAUUCAUGUGUAUUUAUUCCCACCUUUUGUGAGUUUUUGUCUUCUGGUUUUAUUGGCGUUUAUGAAUUUAGUUUUCUACAUACUAUUCUUUUACGUCCCACGGAUGGAUGGUGUGGUUAUGCCUUUUUAUUCUGGGAC